GAAAUUUCCUUUUUGAUUAUUUCCCUGACUUUUGGUGUAUAUUUAGUUUGAAGGCUCCUAAUACGGCGAUGAUGAGUCUGAUAAUGAUCAGCAAUACCGACAAAAGUAUCAUUAAUAGCCUUGAUAUAAAUAUACGCUGGUGGCUGCGCAUCAUUCGCUGUUCUCUUCCUAAUUCAUCCUUUCUUUAACAUCCAACUAGCCAACAAACGCCAUCUAUAGCAAAAAGCCUUUUCAGCCAUGUCAUUUUUCGAUUCUGCUGCACCCGAAGUGCUAGAUAUAAUAUUCGACAACCUUCGUUCUGUGAGCAGUCCUGGGAAUGACUAUUUUUUGGGUGAUCAUGAGGAUGAGCCUGAAUUCUUUACCAAUGCGGCAAGGUUCGACAUUCAAUCGACUGCUGUGAGCCGCAGGUACCAUGGCGACGUGCAGUCAUCUAUGUACAAGACUGCCAUGGCUGGAUUCUAUAAUCCUGAUGAAAACGCACAUGUCAACGGAAGGGGCGAGUUCUUGGUGUCUACGAACAUUCCUACUAUCGUGGAGCAUGGGAAUAUUCAUAAAGCUAGGUGUUUUGAACUGCGUAUUAACCCGUGCAUCAGCGCCAGCGAGUUACUGGAGAAAUUAGUAGAGAAGAAGUUCCUGGGACGCGUGUGGCCAAAUAUCACGACUUUGCGUAUCUACGGGAUUAACACAGGCAAUAGUGAUGGCCCAGGUGAUGAAGGAGUCAGCGUUGCAAGAGUAGGCGCUGAUGCCAAUGAGCAUGUCCCGGACUCUGACGAUCGACUUCCUGGUGCCAUCAACUACCGGCUGACAGAGCUUAAUGACGAGUUGUGUAAGGCGUUGCCGAGCCUGAAGAAGGUGAUCUACUACUACAGAGGCGAUGGUGCGUACGGCGAGCCGCUGAUCGAGGUUCUUUUGCACAGCAUGGUGAGCUCGUUGGUUUCUAUCGACAUUAUCGAUACAGACUUCUUUUUUGUCCGCCUGGGAGACCUGCCAAAGACGGUGCAAAAUGUUACUGUGAACGUGGGGAUGCAUGAGGAUAGAGAGGUGGGCUUUGGUGACCAGUAUCUCAGGCCGAUUAGAAUAUUCGCACCUACUAUCAAGUCACUGCGGCUGAAUAAUGUGGACCCAGGAACCCUUUGGGAGCACUUCCACACUUGGAAUGGCUGCCAGCCAUUAGCUUUCAAUGAGCUGGAGUCGCUUUACCUCAAGUUUGAGGAUGAUGUUGGGGACUGCCAGGUAGCAGCUCCUAGGAAUGCUAGGUUCGGUGCGCUCAGAAAACUUGGUGUUGAGAAUUUCCUUGGUGACAUCAACAACUUUUUGAGCCAUUUCCCUCUGUACCAGAUCUCAGAGCUGGUGGUUCAUGAUCACCCUGGAUGGGCUCAACUUGAUCUUACUCCGCUUGCAAAUCUCGAUAGCCUCAAGGUGGUCUUCAACCAUCUACUUCUCUCGGACUUUUCGACUUCGCCUUACUGGACUCACCCGCUGCUUGCUUCCAACUCUCGCAUCAAGACACUGGAGGUGUCGUAUUAUCUGAACUCCUAUACUAGUGCAAGGCUUACAGUCCCAGAUGACGUCCAGCUCAAUCAACUGCAAUGCCUCAGAUUGUACGUCCAAUGCGGCCGUGGGCAGCUGGUUAAGCUUCUGGGACAGCUUCCACGCCUCAAGCAGCUAUGCACAACAUAUGAAAUGCUAGAGGACAAUCUGCUUGAUACAGGUCAUCCCGACUUGAGGGUUCCCAGCGAGUAUGUGCCUAUUAGCAUAUCGCUGGCGUACUUUAACCUUCAGGACGGACUCCCCCAGGGAGUCUCGCCUCAGAAGCUGCACGCUUUGGCGAUGUUCCUGGCUCGUAUGCCUAAUCUGAAGCGGCUUGUUAUCCCCACAAGCAACUCUGGACCGCUGCGUGCGAAACUCAGUGCCAUCCUGGACUCGGGCCUCUCGUCGAAAGUCCAGCAUCUGGAGCACCUGCUCGGACAACUUCAGGCCUCAGAGUAAAUCGUCAGCGAGAUAAUGAGAUUAGCCGCAGCAGGGUUUUUUUUUUUUUUUUUUAAUUUUAUUUCCAUUC